AUGUCCGGGAACAGCAUCAAAGUCGUGUGUCGUUUUCGGCCCCAGAACUCUCUGGAGAUUCGAGAGGGCGGCGUUCCCGUCAUUGACAUUGACGAUGAAGGAACUGCUGUAGGACUGAAUGGCAAGGAAUUCAAGGGCUCUUUUGCGUUCGACAAGGUCUAUGGCAGUAACACUGCUCAAAAGGAUGUCUUUGACUAUUCCGUCAAAACUAUCGUGGACGAUGUCACCGCCGGUUACAACGGUACCGUGUUUGCUUAUGGUCAGACCGGUUCCGGUAAAACGUAUACUAUGAUGGGUGCCGAUAUCGAUGACGAAAAGACCAAGGGUAUCACCCCUCGUAUCGUUGAGCAGAUCUUUGCCAGUAUCAUGGCUGCUCCGAGCAACCUCGAAUUCACCGUUAAAGUUUCCUACAUGGAAAUUUACAUGGAGAAAGUCCGAGAUCUGCUUAACCCCUCGCGCGACAACCUGCCUAUUCACGAGGAUAAGCAAAAGGGUAUCUACGUCAAGGACUUGCUGGAAGUCUAUGUAGGUUCCGCCGAUGAGGUGUACGAAGUCAUGCGUCGCGGUGGCAACAACCGUGUCGUUGCUUACACCAACAUGAACGCCGAAAGUUCUCGAAGUCAUUCCAUCGUCCAGAUCACCAUCACCCAAAAGAAUGUUGAUACCGGUGCAGCCAAGAGUGGCAAGCUCUAUCUUGUCGAUUUGGCCGGUUCCGAAAAAGUUGGUAAAACCGGUGCAUCUGGCCAAACGCUUGAAGAAGCAAAGAAGAUCAACAAGUCGUUGACCGCUCUGGGCAUGGUUAUUAAUGCUUUGACGGACGGCAAGUCGAGCCAUAUUCCCUAUCGUGAUUCCAAAUUGACCCGUAUUUUGCAAGAGUCGCUAGGUGGUAACUCGCGCACAACACUUAUUAUCAACUGUUCGCCUUCGUCGUACAACGAGGCAGAAACUUUAUCGACCUUGCGUUUCGGUGUUCGUGCAAAGACCAUCAAGAACAAGGCCAAGGUGAACGCCGAUUUGUCGCCCGCUGAACUCAAGGCACUCUUGAAGAAGGUCAAGUCCGAUGCAGUGACUUUCCAGACAUACAUUGCUGCAUUGGAAGGCGAAGUCAACGUAUGGCGUGCCGGUAACACCGUUCCUGAAGACAAAUGGGUCACCAUGGACAAGGUGUCCAAGGGCGAUUUCAAGUCAUUGCCGCCAGCACCUGGUUUCAAGAGUCCAGCCGUUGCUGAGGAAAUUUCGCGUCCAGCAACACCGGCCAUCGUGCUUGAGAAGGAUGAGCGCGAAGAAUACAUGAAGCGCGAGAACGAGUUAAUGGACCAGAUCGCUGAAAAGGAGACCGAAUUGGCCAACCGUGAGAAGCUCCUCGAAUCGCUUAAAGAAGAAACGAGCUACUACAAGGAGCAGGAGCAGCUGGUUACCAAGGAAAACCAGCAGAUGACUUCAGAACUGAGCGAGCUUCGUCUUCAGCUCCAAAAGAUCUCGUACGAGAGUAAAGAGAAUGCCAUUACCGUGGACUCGCUCAAGGAAGCAAAUCAGGAUCUCAUUUCUGAACUUGAGGAACUCAAGAAAAACCUCGCCGAAGUUCGCGUUGCACACAAGGAAGCAUCCGACGGCGAGAAAGAAAAGAAGAAGGCUGAAAAGAUGGCACAGAUGAUGUCUGGUUUCGAUCCAUCGGGCCAAAUCAAUGAGAAAGAGCGCCAAAUCCGUGAUGCUCUUAGCAAACUCGAUGGUGAAGGUGCUGGCCAGCUGAGCACCGAGAAGGUCGUAGCACUUCGCCGUGAACUGGCUGAAUCCAAGGUGCUGCUUGAUCAACAUACCAAGACAAUCAAUGAUCUGACCUACGAGAAGGGUGCAAUCGAACGCAAAAAGACCGAUCUCGAGGCCAGACUCGGUACCCUUGAACAAGAGUACGAAGAACUUCUCGACAAGACAAUUGCCGAAGAAGAAGCUGGCGUCAAGUCCAAGGCUGACAUUGCUGAGACGAUCGCCGAGAUCAAGAGUAAACUCGAGGCUGCCCACAAUGCCAAAAAGGAGGUGCAGCAGAAGGAGAUUGAAGAGCUCAAGAGCGAGGUGGAGCGCAAGCAGCAAGAUCAGGAACGACUUGCUAAGGCCAUGGCCGAUCUCACGGCUGCCAACGAUCAAUUGCAAGCUACGCUUGCGGACAAGGCUGCUGCUCCAGCACCCGCUGGCACUGGUGAUCUCUCUGAAAAGGAGAAGGAUCUUGAGCGUAUGCGCAAGUCCAUGGCUCAGCAGUUGGCCGACUUUGAAGUGAUGAAGAAGGCAUUGAUGCGCGACCUGCAAAACCGAUGUGAGCGUGUGGUCGAACUUGAAAUGUCGCUUGAUGAGACGCGAGAGCAUUACAACAACGUUCUCAAGACGAGCAACAACAAGGCCCAGCAAAAGAAGAUGGCCUUCUUGGAACGCAACCUGGAGCAGUUGACUAACGUGCAGAAGCAGGUAAUAAGCCAACAGCUACAUGCCGGAAAAGAAAACGAUUGCUAA